AUGAAACUCUCUCUCUCUCUCUCUCUCUCUCUCUCUCUCUCUCUCUCUAUCUAUCUAUCUAUCUCUCCUGCUCACACUCUCACUCCUCUGAUUCACUAUUUCAUUCUUAUAUUCCCUCUCUUUCUCACACUUUUUAAUUCCUCGCCCUCUUUCUUACGCUUCCAAUAUCUCUCUCACUCUCUCACACGCUCAAUCUAUCUCACCAUCUCUCCCACUCGAUAUCUGACACACACACUCAUUAUCACUCACUCACUCACUCUCUCAUUCGCUCUUACUCUCCAACUUUCUCUCCCACAAUCCGUCAUUCAUUUCCCCCCAUUCAGUUUUUCAUUGACUCUUUCUGCCUCGCACUCUCUCACUAAUUCUCUUUCAAUCUCUCAAAUAUUCUCUCUUAGUCUCACUCACUCGCAUGAACUCUUUAGCACUCUCUUUUAUUGUCUCAAUCUCUCACAGACUCAAUCUCUAUCUAUCUAUCUAUCAAUCUAUCUAUCUAUCUCUCCUUCUUACGUCCUUUCUCACACGGAUUCUCUUUCUCUCUCAUCCCCCUCGCCUUCUUUCCCACUCUUUCCUAUUUAUUCUCUCUCGCUCUCUUAUAAUUUCUCACUUUCUUACUCGCUCUCAAGCUGUCUCGCCUUCUCAUUCACUCUUUCUCAUUUUCUCUCAUUAUUUCUUUAUCAAUCUCUUUUAACUUCUCUCUUUCACUCUCUUUUACUCCCUUGCCUUUUCUCUCACUCUCAUUAUCUCGCUUAUGCUCUUUCCCAAAAGAAAUAA